AUGGAGUGUAUUCGGGGAAAAUUGGGGUGGAUUCCCAUUUCGCGUCUCUUAUUGAGACCUCAGAGUCCUUAUUGGAGGACUGGUCGUUUUCAACCUCACUUGCGCCUCAUCUCUACCGCUGUCCCUGCGGCGCGCGAGUCGCCCGCUAUAGUCCUUCGGGACUACCAGGAAGAAUGUAUCAAAUCGGUGCUUGAUAAUUUGGACCAGGGCCAUAAGCGCCUCGGAGUUUCACUUGCGACGGGUGCUGGGAAAACGGUGAUCUUCACACAGCUCAUCGGCCGCAUACCCCCUCGAAAUGAAACAGACAACAAAACCUUGAUUCUCGUUCAUCGGCGCGAACUUGUCGAACAGGCCGCUCGGCAUUGUCGUCUUGCUUACCCCGAUCGAACGGUCGAGAUCGAAAUGGGCACCAGCAAAGCCUCACCAGCAGCAGACAUCGUCAUCGCAUCUAUUCGGAGUUUGACAAAUGGAGACCGCAUAGCCAAAUUCGACCCGAAACAGUUCAAACUCGUUCUUGUGGACGAAGCCCACCACAUAGUCGCGCCGUCAUACCGAGAAGUGCUCAAAUACUUCGGACUGAACGAGACGUCAGACGACUCGCCGGUGCUAGUCGGCGUGUCGGCGACGCUAUCGCGAGCCGAUGGCUUGAAACUAGGCGCGGCAAUCGACCACAUUGUUUACCAUAAAGAUUACAUGGACAUGAUUGACGAGGAAUGGCUAGCAAACGCAGUCUUCACCACCGUUCAAUCCGAAGCCAACCUAUCCCGCGUGAAGAAGGACAGUUUCGGUGACUUCGCCGUCGGCUCACUCUCAAAAGCAGUGAACACCGACAGAACGAACGACAUCACAGUGCGUGCCUGGCUGGCAAACGCCCAAGAGCGCAAAUCAACCUUAGUAUUCUGCGUCGAUGUUGAACACACAAAGCAGCUCACUGAGACCUUUCGCGCUGCCGGCGUCGACGCCCGCUAUCUCACCGGCAAGACACCAAAGGAAGUCCGCGACGACCAACUUCAACGCUUCAGGAACCAGGAAUACCCCGUUCUUCUAAACUGCGGUCUCUUCACCGAAGGCACCGACAUCCCCAACAUCGACUGCGUUUUACUCGCGCGACCAACCCGCUCCCGCAAUCUUCUCAUCCAAAUGAUAGGCCGCGGACUACGCCUCCACCCAGGCAAGAAGGACUGCCACAUCAUCGACAUGGUCGCCACCCUGGAAACCGGCGUCCUCUCCACACCCACCCUCUUCGGCCUCCACCCAGAUGAAGUUCUAGCCAACGCCAACGGCAAAGCACUCAAACACAAAGAAAGCGACCCACCCGCACCCACAGAGCUAGACGACUCCCCAGGUCCAGACACACCAGAUGAUAUAAACCUAACCUUUACUAAAUACGACACAAUCUACGAUCUAAUCAUGGACAUGAAAUCCGAAAAGUACAUCCGCUCAUCAAGCCGCAAUGCCUGGGUCCGCAUCGACGAAAACAAAUACCUUCUCUCCGACGCAACCGGCUGGAUCACAAUCGAGAAAUCAACCGAUAAACACUUUAUAUCACCAAACAAUAACCCCCAACAACCGACCUGGACAGUUCACCACGUCAAAGUAUACAAAAACCCCACCACAGAGAAAAACACCUACACCCGGCCCCGAUUAAUAGCUACAGGCCCGGACCUCGAAUCCGCCGUCCACGCAGCUGACACCUUCGCCGCGUCGGAGUUUGAAGAACUGUAUAUCUCCGCUCUACAACCCUGGCGACGUCGACCUGCCACCUGGGCGCAGUUGAACUUCCUCAAUAAGGCUAAGAUACGGAGGGAUGCACUCCGGCCGGAGCAUUUAACCAAGGGCCAGGCGACGGAUUUGAUAACGAAGUUGAAGCACGGGGGAAAGAAGAGGUUCGAGAAGCAGGCUGGUCGGAGACGGAAAGAGGAUGAGAGAGCUAAAGAAUUAGAGGCAUUUAGAGCUAGGGAGAGAGUGCGGGUUGGGCCUGUUUUGAUAUGA